AUGGCCUCCUCAACAGUUCCCCCCGCCCUCCCCACUCUCCGUGUAACCUCGACCGAGUACACGACCCAGUCCACCCCCCAGUCCCACGCUACCCCCGUGCCUACCGGUUCCAACACCGCUACUAUUCAACCGAAGGAUCUUUACGACCUCCCCCUGAGCUCCGCAGCUAGCAGCUCCAACAAGCCAACGGAAACCCCUACUCCGUCCAACAACAACAACACAUUCAGUAUGCUUGACGAACUUUUCACCUCCACCGCUCCCUUUGACUGGGACCAGUUCCUGGUCGGGGACCCGGAAAAGGUUGCCGUUCCCGAGAACGAGGCCUCGCCCGCCUCCGCCAUCCUCAACCUGUCGUCCCCCGCUGGCACUCCUGCCUCGGCUGGCGACUCGCCUCAGUCCACCGAGUCGGAGCAGUCGCGCUCGCUCGAUGGUCCCUCUGGCAUUGACCUCCUCGACUUUGACCUCGACCUCCCCGCUCCCACUGGCAUCGCGCACGACCCCCGCGACAUUCUUGCCACGCUUCAGGCGUCUGCCCCUCCCGCUGUCCCUGACGCGACGCUGAACUCGGACGCUUUCGGCUCUGCGUUCAGCGGCUUUGGUGGCCUCGCCUCGCUCGAUCAGCAACGCCAACCCCGCGGCUCUUGCCACGCCUGCCACUCCCGCUCUGCCACUCCCGCUGCUCCGGCUGGUCUCCCUGAGGCCUACGCCGCGCUCGGUUGGCCCGCGUCGACUCCCGCCGCCGGUGCUGCUCCUGCGAUGAAGCGCAAGGUUUCGGACGUUUCGGACGACGGCAGCGUCAGCAGCAAGCGCCCCCGUGGCCGCCCUGCUUCGACUGCCCCGCCCGCCAAGCGCCCCUACCGUCGCCAGUCUAAGCCUGGUCUCAGCCUCUCCCAGCUCGCCGCUGCGGCCGCGUCUGGUUCUCCUGUCGUCGUUGGCGACAAGAAGGAGCCUCUUCCCCAGUCGCCUUCUCCUGCUCUUGAGGAGAAGCCCGCUGUCGUCCCCGAGAAGUACAUGAAGAACGGCGAGGCCCAGGCCAUCACCGGCAUGUCCACUGAGCAGAUCCUCAGCUUCCCCAACUGGGCUGCUCUCAUGGAGUGCGUCGACGACGCUCACCGUGCUGGUGCCGAGGUCUUCGGCAAGAUGAUCACGGAGAACCGUGACAAGGCCAAGUGGGCUGCCAAGAAGUCGCGUGACGAGCGCAAGGCCAAGGUCGAGACCCUCGAGGGUCAGGUUGACGAGCUUCAGGGCAAGAUCGCCGAGAUGCGCGGCCUCCUGCUGUCUCUCGUCGGUCGCGGCGCUGUCUCUCUCGCUGACGUCGAGGCUUACAUCUAA